AUGGUUUCCGCAGCUACUAAGCAGAAGGUGCAGGGCAUCAUCGAUAGCAACCCCGUUGCCGUGUUCAGUAAAUCAUACUGCCCCUACUGUCGGGCCACAAAGGAAACCCUCACCAGCCUCGGCGCAAAGUUCCAUGUCCUUGAGCUCGACCAGAUUGACGACGGAGCCGAGAUCCAGGAUGCACUCCAGGAGUUGACCGGCCAGCGCACCGUCCCACAGAACUUCAUUGGGCAGGAAUUCAUUGGUGGUAACUCGGACCUGCAGGCUCGUAAGGGCGAGCUGCCGAAGCUGUUGAAGGCGGCCGGCGCUGUUUAG